CUCUAUUGGAUGGAGCUGCGAAUCGAUUGGAGUGAAUCAUUUAACGGAGUUGUUCAAGAAGAACCGGUUCAUUCACGAAUCUCCGGUCAUUCUGGGUCUAAGCGCCGCGGCGGAGUUCUCUGUUCUCCACUGAGUUUCCUCUUCUCUACACUAAUCUCCACGGUAUAUUCUUUCAACAUGAGAAUGGGAAUAAACAAAUUCACACUAUAUUUGGUGACUGGUGCGUUCCUGAUUCACGUGACUUUGCAAGGCGAACACCAGCGGCGUCUUUAUAAGGAUCUCAUGCAGAACUACAAUUCUUUAGAGAGGCCCGUGUACAACGACUCUCACUCUCUGACUGUUCACUUUAGUCUCAGCCUCAUGCAGAUCAUGGAUGUGGAUGAGAAGAAUCAGGUUUUAACAACCAACAUCUGGUUACAACUGUACUGGGUGGAUUAUUAUCUGCAGUGGAACCUGAGUGACUACCCUGGGGUGUCUAAUGUGAGGUUUCCUGAUCAUCAGAUUUGGAAACCUGACAUUCUUCUCUAUAACAGUGCCGAUGAGAGAUUUGAUGCCUCUUUUCAUACCAAUGUGCUGGUCAACUCAUCUGGCUACUGCCAAUAUCUACCCCCAGGAAUUUUUAAGAGCACCUGUUACAUUGAUGUGCGCUGGUUCCCCUUCGAUGUUCAGCGCUGUGAUUUGAAGUUUGGAUCUUGGACAUAUGGAGGCUGGUCUCUGGAUCUGCAGAUGCUGGAAGCAGAUAUCACCGGCUACAUAGCUAAUGGAGAGUGGGAUCUAGUGGAGGUUCCUGGACGGAGGAACGAGAGGUUUUAUGACUGCUGUAAGGAGCCAUACCCUGAUGUUACCUUCACAUUGGUGAUGAGGAGGAGAACGCUCUACUACGGCCUGAACCUGCUCAUCCCCUGUGUGCUCAUCUCCACCCUCGCGCUACUGGUGUUCCUGUUGCCUGCUGACUCAGGGGAAAAGAUUUCUUUGGGAAUCACUGUGUUGCUCUCACUGACUGUCUUUAUGCUUCUGGUGGCUGAAAUCAUGCCAGCGACAUCAGAUUCGGUGCCUCUGAUUGCUCAGUAUUUUGCCACUACUAUGGUGAUUGUUGGGCUCUCAGUCAUUGCUACAGUGCUUGUGCUACAGUAUCACUACCAUGACCCCGACGGUGGCAAGAUGCCAAAGUGGACACGUGUGGUGCUGCUGAACUGGUGUGCCUGGUUCCUGCGUAUGCGACGCCCAGGCGAGCAUCACGUCCACUCAGCCUGCCACAACAAACCUCUUCACAGAGGCAGUGUGUCCAGUGUGGAGCUGUGUGUUGACCAGGGAACACUGCAGUCUUCCAACACCAACACACUCUACAUCGGCUUCAGGGGCGCAGAGGCUGUUCACUGCUCCGGCUCAGCCGAGACGGCACUGAUUUGCGGUCGCUUUACUCGAGGCAAUGAGGAGGAAGUCUUGCUGUCAGGGGCCACGGUAGCACCAUUAGGGACCAGAACCGGAGACGGGCACAGCAGAGGUAUCGUAGGAGGCCCUGCCAUGACUGAUUUGGCAAAGAUUCUUGAGGAAGUCAGGUACAUCACGAAGAGAUUGCGAAACCGGGAUGAAGAUGCAAGCAUGUGCAAUGAGUGGAAGUUUGCAGCAGCAGUUAUUGAUCGUAUGUGUCUGAUGGCUUUCUCUUUCUUCACAAUACUCUGCACUUUUGGCAUUCUUAUGUCUGCUCCUAACUUCGUUGAGGCGAUCUCUAAAGACUUCUUCAGUUAGGGGAAAAGAGUCAUAAACUUAUUUCGAGUCUUUCUUAUACACACCCUACUAUAUUUCUCUAACACACUGUUUCUACCACAGUACUAAGAGGUCAGUGGAAGUGUUUUUGUGACCUGUGGGUUUAUACAUAUAGUUCAAGUGCAGUAUUUUUCAAACUAAUCUCUAUGUUCCACAUCCGUGCAUACAUACCUCAGACAGUAUUUGGACAGUUGGAUGGAACUGUAAGGUAGUCAUGCAAUGUAUUAUUUUGUAUCCUAUCCAGUGUGUAUUCUCGCAUUGCAUCCAGUGUUCAUGAGAUGAGCUCUAUAUCCACUGCAAACCUGACGAUAAAGCAAUCAUUGGAAAUGAAUGAAUGAAUUAAUUACUAUAUGGCACAAAUAAUUCAGCUGAGACAGACAUAAGAUAACAUGCAGAUUUAGUACAGACCUUAUACUUAAAUUGGAACUAUUUCUAAUGUGUGUGAAUAACACACACACACGCACUACACGUGGUAAAUAGGGAUUUUAUUGAAAAUCAUUGCAGCUUUCAUUUAAAUAUCAGUCACAUAAUUAAUGAUGGUAGUGUUGUUGAAGUGUUCACUCACUGUUCAAUAUUGAUGUCACUGUGUGUUUGUGGAUUGUCAAGGUAGAUUUCAUAAUGGUGGAAAUAGCUAGAAUUCAUCACCCUGUCAGGCCACAGAGAGUCAGUGUUUAUCCGUAAGUUCACGAGUUAAAGCACUCCUAAACUUAGCACAAAAUAUCUUUGAGUAUCUUAACAGUUCUGAUAUAUGUUGUAUCUUGUAUGUUGUUUUUUUUCCAGUGUUUUCCAGUUAGGCUUAGAAUUUAUUCCAAUAAAAUAAAAUCACAUCAUAUAUAUACUCAUUUCGUAGUUAGAUUCCCUGUUUUAUGUUUAUGUUAUUAUAGAAUAUUUAUCAUAAUCAUAAUUAUUUCAUUUUUAAAGUUUAUGCAGGAAAAAUAUUUGACAUUAUUUGACAUUCACAUCUUUUAGCACUGUCUUUUUAGUAAUAAAAUAAUAAAAUGCUUUAUUACACAGUAUUAUUUUACUUUAUUUGUGUGUCUACAAAUCCAGUCUGGUAAAGAAGGAUAAAAGAACCACAGCUAUCAGAGACUGUGUACUCUUAUGUAUUUGGAAAGUCUCUGAUUGUUUGACUGUAGGCUUAGAAAACAGACGUUAUUUAUUCUCUAUAUGCUUCACGAUGUUCCCUAUUGUUU